UCACAAGAGGUAAGAUCUUCUAUAUCCAACUGCUAACUUUUAACAUAAAAUGACCAUCAAUGAUCAGGUCACUAACACUAUGUUCACAAAAAGGUCUAAAAGAUUGGUCAGAAUGAAGAGUCUUUAUAUCUUCUGCAUCAUGGCUUUGAGUGUGGACCUCGUCCGAAGCAGUACGCAGAUAUGCCAAGACGCUGAUAAAAGCUCCUGUUCCAUUAUCACAUGCGGGUCGCCUGGGAAAGAUGGUCUUCCAGGAAGAGAUGGUAACGUUGGACCCAAGGGUGAUAAAGGAGAUCAAGGGCCACAGGGAAUCACAGGUCAAACUGGACCUCAAGGACCUCCUGGGGUGCCUGGGACAAGAGGACAGCAAGGACCACCAGGUCCAAAAGGGGACAGAGGUGACAGUGGGGCAUCAGCUCUCGAAGCGCUCAAAGGUCAAGUAAGUUCGAUUGAACAACAACUCAGAUCAUUGAAAAGUAUCGUAGAAGCGCAGAAGAAAGCUCUGGUUUUCACCAAAGGGACGAGCAGCGGGAACAAAAUCUACAUCUCAAACGACUUAGAAGUGACUUAUAGAGAAGCCGUCCAAAUCUGUUCCAAGGCUGGAGGCCAGUUGCCUUCCCCGAAGAAUAGCGCAGAGAAUGACGCUGUGUUGGCCAUCGCUUUGGACAAGAAGAAAAACCCUUUCCUCGGAAUUAACGACAUUCAGUUUGAGGGAAGUUACCGUUAUCUGAACGGACAGCUGAUUGGCUACUCAAACUGGAGAACCAAUCAACCCGACGACUAUCAGCAGGCUGAAGACUGCGUGGAAAUGUUCCUUAACGGAAAAUGGAACGAUCAAGUAUGUGAGGAAAAACGUCUCGUCAUCUGUGAAUUCUCCUGAAUUUUUUUUCAUCUUUACAAUUUUAUUACCCAAGUUGAUUUCAUUUCAUAUUAUAUCGAUAAUCUAAAAUAUAAUCACAAUUGACAUGAAAAACAUUAACAAUGAUGCCAUUAAUUAUUAAAGUGGAGAAAAAGAGGAAGUAGAAUUCUACUCGUAUAAAACAAAAAGCUAACCCUACAUGUUUUAGAUUGUUUUUCCCUAAAUGAUUGUUUUCCUUACAG